GAGUUUUAUGACUGUUAGUGGAUCUGUUAACUGAAACUCUGUCACACUAUGCCGUAUUUAUUUUCCUCGUUUCAUUUACUGGAAUUGAUUCCUCACAGCAUAAUUGGCCGUUUGAAAACACUUAGCAUGCGGCGUUCCUGCGCACUUUAACAAAAAUGUCAAAAGUGUCGGCGCCGCUGCAAUUCUUCUAUUUCACAUAAUGCACCUGUCUGUUUCUCAAAAUGUGACAAAAUCUCUAACACGUAAACAUCACUGACAUAAAUCUGAUUACUCACCAUUACAGACACGAGCAGUCUGACUUAUAAUUACAUUCAUAAUUAAGAAAAAAAUACCCAUAUAGUGAAAGCUAGGGAUAGUGUUGAAUUCUGGAUUCUGAUUGGCCGUCAGGUGUUGAUUAAUUUUCUAUAAAAUAGUGCAGCUGCAAUCACAGGUUUAUACGUUAUCGUUGCUAUAGUAACAGCUCAUUUACAGGGACGUGUACCGCGGAUAUUCCACAUAAACAGAUUAAAAACGUGCGUAAUCCCUGAUUGGUUGCUAGGAGACACAUACAUUCUUACUGUUGAUAAAAUCUUACGAUCUUAUCACGCUUUGUUGGUGAAGCCCUCAACCCACUUCCUAGAACCCGUACAUGUGAAAACACGCCGUCUCUCAGAGCUUCUGCUUUUAUUUGGUGUGUAGUUUGUCAGUAAGAAAGGUUAGGCUAGGUGUAGGCUCAGCUCCAGAUGCUACACGAGCUGUCUGAUAUCUUUUGUACACUUUUCUGGCCUCUAGCUUCAGAAUCAGUCUGACUGGCUCUCUGCAUUUCUGUGCAUUCUGACAGGAAAACAGACGGUGAAAGUAGGCGGCACUUGUCCGUGUUUAUUAACAAACUGCGUGAGAAAGCUAGAGGACUGGCUUGUGCACCCGGAUAGCUGUGAAAUGAUAUAACGCUAUAUCUCUAAGACUGAUAGACUGCAGUGUAUCAGUACGACGGAGAGGAAUAAUCGUACACUUUCUCGCUGCUCUGCUUUCUUUCUCUGUGCGGAGCUCCUGCAGGCUCCAGCACACAUUAAACCCAACGAUGAGUUGGAAAUGUCACAUUCAUAAUGCUGCCAUUAGCCUUUGCUACGUUCCUGUUUUUUCAAGUGUUUUUUUUUUGUUCUACUUCCUUUUGUGGUGUAUUUUUGCGGUUUUGCCCUCUGCCUGCUUCGGUUCGACCUUCAGUAAUGGAUCUGUGUGUGGAGUCUGUGUCUGCCGGUGCCGUGACCCCUAUUACAGAUAAUGAGCGCGAUUCCUGCAGAAAGAAGGAGUAAAAAGACUCCGCAUUUACAUCCCAUGACCUCUGGCUUCACUUCUACACCUUUGAGAAUUGGGUUGUUGUUUAGUUUUUUCUUUUUUUCCUUUUCCUUUUGUGGGUUAGGGCUUUCUAUUAGAAUUCUGUAUGUGUGUAAAAGAGACUUCACUGGUUUGGACAUUUGAGGGUUUUGUGAGAGUUGUUUGGAUUCUUGUUUCAAAUCUUGUAACACACUCAAGACAAAACUUAGGUUUAAAGAAACUGUAGAUUCCUGACAUGCUGAAUGUGUGUGUGUGUGUGUGUGUGUGUGAGAGAGAGAGAUAGAGAUAGUGUGUGAACAUGUUAGUUUUGUCAGGCAGCGAGGAGACAGCUCAGUUAUACAAUGCUAAUUUACAUGAUCUGGCAAAUUGUGAAAUAAUCGUUAUUUAGUGUAAUAAUAUCACGCUUUAUCUGCUGUUGUGUUUUUAUUCUUACACCUUUUUCCCUCCCGGAUGUUAGCGAGCACACUGUGUGGAGAUAAACACUGUGCAUCUGGUUUAUUAAAGGACUGCAUAAAAACAUAAUAAAAAAACAGGCAUAAUAAUAACAGGCACAAAAAACUGUACAUGAGCACGUCUUCUCAUUUUGCAUAAUUGCCUUUAUGAGUAUGUAAUAUGUGGUGCUUUUAUAUUAAAGUGAAAAAUCAGGGGGCGGAGUCAAUGCAAAUUGAUUAGUUUAUGACCUGCAGUGUGAAAGCUGCUUCAGAAACUUGUUUGAAAAAAAAAAAGAUUGUGAGAAAAAGAUUGUGUGUGAAUUAAUAUCACAGAAGGGCAGGUGUGAAAUUUGCAGAAACUUGUUUUGGUCAUUUGAAGAUAAAAUUAUACCAUUUAUGAAGUCUGGAUAAUGACAAAAUCUAUCAAAAGUAUGGUUUAGUAUCUGAAAAUGAUGAAAACGCUGCUUAUAAUUAUAAUGUAUUGUUACCGCAGGAAAGUACGUGCGUUAAAUAUUCACUGAAUGUUCACACAUCUGAUAUGAACAGAUUUAUUUUUCCUUUCUAGAACUGAACCCAUCAUAGCUAGCAGCCAUCUCUCGAUCCAGAGGGCUCAUGUGAUGGUGCCCCUGGUGGACAGGUUUGAGAAGCGUCUGCUGUGGCUGUAGAGUCCGAUGCGAGUCUAAUCUCUAGCACGGUCUAAUCUCUAGCACACUGUGUACAGCAGAACACUGAGGCAGCUUUGGCUCUUCUUUGGGCUCUGUUUUCCACUGCUCUCUGCCUCAGGUUGGUCUGGUAUGUGGAGAGAUCUUUGUGCUGGGGGGUUGAUAGAGAGAGCCUUGAGUUCAUGCUUGCAGACAUCAGUAGUGUAGCCUUGGUCUGCCUACUGGCCUCGUGCCUGAGGACAGCUCUCCGAAGGGGAGAUCCUUUGGUGUACGGCUGCCAUGCGGCUCACGUGGCCAAGCCAGCACAGGCGCUUCUGCUGGAGAAGGUUGAACAUGGAGGUGGUGUAUGUUCUCUCAAGCGCUGUGGAGUUGAGGUUCUUGUCUUGUCCAGUAUGCACCUGAGACAGCACAUGUGGAAACAAUUGCACAUCUGUCCAUGUUUCACAUGCUUUCAAGACACUGAGGCAGCUUUGACUCUUUCCUGGGCCAUUUGUAGCUCAGUGGUUAAGAUGUUGGCCUACUGCUCAGAAGGUCAUGAGCUCAAAUCCCAGCACUGCCAAGCUGCCACUGCUGGGCCCUUGAGUAAGGCCCUUAACCUUCAACUACUCAGUUGUAUAAAUGAGGUAAAUGAAAAUUGCUCUGGAUAAGCGUGUCUGCCAAAUGCCAUAAAUGUAAAUGUCAAGAACAAUUAACCCGCGCGCACACACACACUGUACUGCAUUUCUUUCAAAUGCUUUACACUCUCAGCUAGAAAGGUACUGAACCGUACUUUUCCUUGUUGCUGGAUUCAGAGGUUCAGCUUUUAAACCUUUUAGUUUGUAUCAUUUACCUGGAAACCUUUAAUAAUAAUUUAAUGAACAUAAUUGAACCUUGAAGCUAAUUAAAGCUAAUUGGAAAAAAAAUAUAAUAAAGGUACAACACUUUCCUCGGAAAAUAGAUAAUAAAGCUACAAAAGAAAUACCUUCGAUGUACUUUGGCAAUGUAUUGAUUAAUGGAUAAAAAGUACAUGCUGUGUCAGUGUUACGGUAUGAGAGGAAUAAACAGCUGGGGAUGUGCUGUUACUGGAAAAUAAUCAACUACCAGUCACGCGUCUUUGCGUCAGGCCGCAUCACAGCACUCCACCCUGCACUAUUUUCCUGUAACAGCAAAUCCCCAGGGGUUUAUUACUUAUUACUCAUUAUGAGGCAUGUCGAGGACCUUUUUUUUCUGAGAUAAUCUAGUAGUUUUUAUAAGAGCUACUUCAGGCUUUUUUAUAUGCGAGCAGCCGUUUGAGCUGUUCUUUUCGUUCAUCUGUCUCUCGACUAUCUUCCCUGCUAAUUGCCCUUAUUAUUAAGCGAUGUUUCUAGCAGUGCAUAAUUACGAGUAAACAGAAUCACCACCCACACACAGAUGCAGGCAUUAGCAUUAGCAUUUUCACACCGUUCUCCCCAGCUUCCUUUUCUCCCAGCAUGCUUUGCGAGAGCUGCUUGGAAGUACGAGGUGUUUUUCUAAUGAGGAGCCCAACACCAGACACACACACACACACACACACACACAGACAGUAAGACGGUUUGUGAAGAUAAACUGAAAAGUGAACGUGAACCUGGACUGAAACGAAGCCCUGAAGAACUGUUUUUAUUCCAUCAUUUAUCAAAAACUAAUACUGUUUUGUCAAAUAGUAUUUCUCAAAUAAGAUCCCAUCUUUCCUCACUAACACUGUGUGUAAAUCUCGGAGGAAUUCACCUCUGCUGCAUCGCUCUCGCUCGACUCCACACUCCUCCUCUCGAGGAAGGAUACACGGAGAUGCUAUUCCCAGAUUAACCCCUGAAACUCUGUAAUGGUGUCCACCUCAUGAAAGAUCAUAUCUUCACUCUAUCCACGGUGGGCUAACGGACACGCUUCAUGCAUGGGAGAUCAAGGCCUGGGGAAAUCCACCUGGUCUGGAGUUCUGCUGCAACAGGCAACCACCGGACUCAGGAACUCAGGAAUAACCAAAAAGAUUAAAACAAUAAAACAAAAAAACAAACACAGAAACAAACAUCACGGGUAGAAAAUGCAUGAAAGAAAGAAAAAAGGUCUGGAGAGAAACACAGAGUGAGAAUGUUUGUCCUGACACGAGCCUGAGCUGAUUUCCGGAUCACGCUGUUCGAUGACGUGAGCAGAACGUGGUCAUGUUCUUUAAUCGCAGGUCUAUCGUUGGAGGAUCUUCGUGGUAUAAUCUGAUAUGUGACGAGUGUAAAACCGGCUUUAUGAAUGCUUUCUGAGAUGGAACUACUUUUUCAGAGUGGAAGGAUUUGUUGUGGUGCGGCUCUGAUGGCGUAUGGAUACGACACACAACCUCAGGACAGUGUGAAGAACCUGGAGCUACUUUUUAUUGUGUCACUGUGUGAAAGAUGGAUUCAAGUUCAUGAGAUCAGCUUUGUCAGCGACCAGCGCAUUGUUUAUCCCGGCUGCUGAGGGUGACAGCGUGUUGGCUGCAUCUUUUCUCUCUCCGUUCCUCCUGAAGGUAGAAGAAAAGGAACAGCAGAGGAGUGGAGCGUCGGAUGAUGCGAGCAGAGGAGAGACUUCGUUUAUCUGCCACCUACGACAAAGUGUCACAGCUAAAGCCAUGAGUCGCACUGUUUCCCUUCAGGUUUAAGAGAGGACGUAAAGAGAAAGUACUGGACUAUGAUUCUUAAAGAUGGACUCGGCGCUAUGUGCUGGCCGCGACGAGCCGGGAAUUUCCUGCUCCUGUCCGUUUCUCUGGCGCUUCUCCAGGCCCAGGUUACGUCCUCGAAGAACACACACUACUCCUGGAAAACGGGUCAGUGGGGUCGGUGUAAAGGAGAAGAAUGUGGCUCCAGCGGUGUUCAGUCUCGCAGUGUGUGGUGUGUUCACUCAGACGGCUGGCACACACACCACUCCAACUGCCAACACUCGGUCAGGCCUGACACUCAGAGGCCCUGCUUCAAAGUGUGUGAGUGGCAUCAGGACCUGUUCGAAUGGGACGUGUCUGAAUGGAGUUCCUGCUCUCUCACUCUGAAUUCUAAUGAACUGAGGACACGGCCUCUGGCGUCCGAGUGCGUCACGGCCCAGCACGGCAUUCAGAGACGCUCCGUUCGCUGCGUCCGCGUGUUAAACGGCACGUCCGUGUCCGACCGGAUCUGCGAGUUCUUUUCUCCUCGGCCACCUCUGGAACAGGCGUGUCUGAUCCCGUGCCCUCUGGACUGUGUGGUGUCUGAUUUUUCAUCGUGGUCACGCUGUAGCGGGAUGUGCGGGGUCGGAUUGAGGCACCGGACACGCCAUGUUCUAGCAGCACCAGCAUAUGGUGGAGCCGGAUGUCCGAAUCUGAGCGAAACACAGCCGUGUGAACACACAUUGCCAUGUCCAAUAGGCGAGGACAGGAAUCUGUAUAGCCUGAAGGUGGGAGCUUGGAGUGAGUGUAGACUUCCACAGCAGAAAGAUGUAUUGAUGAAUGGAAGGACAACCCUGGAUUUUGGUGUUGAGGAGAGGAAUAUGGUGAAGAGACAUGUUCAAAGUGGCCGAUACCAACAUACACGCCAUGCACAUCAACAUUACCAAUAUCAUGAUCAUCGAGAUCAAAAUCAACAACAUCAACAUGUUUAUCGUGAUCAAACCCACCAAAUUCAUCAACAAAACCAACGGCAACAUUAUCAAGACCAACACCAACUUCUUCAAGACCAAAUCUACCUUCACCAACACCAGCGGCAGUUUCGAGACACAAACCACCAACAGCAAUUUCAUCAAGAUCAAAUUAAGCAACAUCAACAACUUUAUCAAGACCAAAUCCAACAAAUCCCUCAACAAAACCAACGGCAACAUUUCCACACUUCAAACUACCAACACCAACUUCAAGACCAAAACUAUCCACAAAAUCAACUACACCAACUUCAUCAGAAUCAAAAUCAGCAAGAUCAACAACUUUAUAAAGACCAAACCCAACAAAUUAAUCAACCAAACCAACACCAACUUCAUCAAGACCAAAACCACCUUCAUCAACACCAAUUUCAAGACCAAAACCAACAUCAGAUUGAUCAACUUCACCAACAACUUCAUCAAAACCAAACCUACCAAUACCAUCACCGUUCACAAAACCACCUUCACCAGCACCAUCCUCAACCCCAGCACCAACACAACGAGGCAUCCAGGUGGUGGGAUGUGGAGAUCGGCUACCAGACGCGGCAGGUUCGCUGCAUGGCCAGCGAUGGAAAGAACUCCAUGCUGAGUCUGUGUUUGCGAGACGACGCUCCUGCAACCUUCCGCUCCUGCGUCAUGCUCAGAGACUGCCAGACGUCCGAUUGGUCCUCCUGGAGCUCGUGCUCGAAGACCUGCCAAUCAUCUGAUUUGUCCCCUGGUUACCGUGUGAGGAGUCGAACCGUGACCCAGCCCAGCGUCGGGCGAGGGAGAGAAUGCCCCGCCCUCCAGGAGAAGGAGGCCUGCAAUAUCAUUGGGGAUUUGCUUCCCAAGUGCCCCAGGUACGAGUGGAGGAGUACAGACUGGAGCGAGUGUCGCAUCACUCCUCUCCUCAGCCAUCAGGAGAAGAAAGCGGUGAACAUCAGCGCUCUGUGUGGAGGAGGAGUACAGAGCAGAGAGACGUACUGCGUUCAGGUUCAGGACGAGACGCCACCACGACAGAGGAGAGACGUCUCUCGGCCGGUCAGUGUAAGUCUGUGUGAGGAUACAGUCAUCCCCUUGUCUGUCCGUUCCUGCUCUCUGUCCUGCACUCGGCCAUGUCUUCUCUCCUCCUGGUCCUCAUGGGGUUCCUGCCUGCCUGAUGACUGCAGCCAGGGGAGAAGAGGCUAUAGAGAGAGGAGAAGGCGAGUGCUGAGAGAAGGAUCUGGGAGAAGCUCAAUGGACUGUGGCCACCUGGUGGAGUUCAUUCCCUGUGAAGAUCCUGUGUGUUUCCAGUGGCGGGUUGAGGACGAGGGAGUGUGCAUGCCUAACGAGGGGACUUGCGGCUCUGGCACAAGAAGUCAAACUGUGGCCUGCGUCAACUCUGAAGGUGUGGGUGUAGAGGCGGGGCUUUGUGAGGAAACCCCGCCCCCUGUGGAGGUAGCCUGUGAGGUGGCCUGUCCCGGUGACUGUGUGAUCAGCUCCUGGUCUGAUUGGUCUCCAUGUUCUCAGUCCUGUGCUAAGAAGAACACAGAGGGCAGGCAGAGUCGCUCACGCACCAUUCUCGCUUUACCUGGGAAAGGUGGUAAAUCGUGUCCUCCUGCCCCGUCUCUGGAGGAGUGGAGAUCCUGUAACGAUAAUCCGUGUGUGGUGUUUUAUUGGGAAGAGUCUCCAUGGGGUCCAUGUGUCCCUGAUCCUUCCGUCUCUCUGAACAGAAGCGAUGUUGGCAAUGACAUGUUGAGCUGCUCAGCAGGACUUCAGACACGCAAAGUCACCUGCAUGAAGAUCAAUGGAGGAGCUGUUACUGCAAAACGGUGUCCUGACUCAGCGAGACCGAACUCGGUGCAGUCGUGUGUGUUACCGUGUAAGAGAGACUGUGUGGUGACUCUGUUCAGUGAAUGGACAGCCUGCCCUAACACCUGCCUACCUGCUAACAUGACCACGCCCACCCAGUCACGCUACAGGAUGGUGGUCCAGCGAGCAGCCAACGGAGGUCAGGAGUGUCCUGAUACAAUGUUUGAGGAGAGGGAGUGUGAACCACUUCCUGUGUGUCCCACCUACAGGUGGAAGACACUCAAAUGGCAGGCGUGUACGCUGGUGCCGGAUUCAGUCCGACAGGGAACGAUGGGAGCGGGGGAAGCAUGUGGAAGAGGCCUGGAGAAGAGAGCAUUGAGCUGUGAGGAUGAGAACGAUGAGCUCGUGGGCGUGUCGGAGUGUGUGCAGUGGGCGGGGCCGAUGCCAACUCAAGCGCAAAGCUGCUGGAUUUCCUGUAAGGACGACUGCACCUUCAGCCCCUGGUCCAAAUUUACAGAGUGUUCAGGCUGUGAAGGGACACGCACCCGCAAACGCAGUGUCACAGGGCGGAGCAGGAAGAGAGAGCGCUGUCUGAAGGAGGACAUGUAUCCACUGGUGGAAUCUGAGCCAUGUGUGUGUGAUGAGUUGAUCUCAGAGCCUUGGGGGAACUGGUCGGUGUGUAUCCUGCCUAAUGCCCCACCCCCUCUCUCGCCACAUGGAUGGAUGGGGGAAAAGGAAGUGCGUGAGUGUGGGGAGGGGAAACGCUACCGUGCAAUGGCCUGCCUCGACCAGAAGGGCUGCCUCCUCGACCCAUCUCACUGUGCUGAGACAGAGCUGCAGGAGGAAGCAUGCUCCGUCCCCUGUCCCCUGGACUGUCGUCUUAGCUCCUGGUCCCCCUGGUCCCCCUGCAGUGUGUCCUGUGGCAGUGGACUGAGGGUUCGCUCCAGAUGGCUGAGGGAGAAACCAUUUAACGGGGGUCGGCCCUGUCCCAAACUUGACCUGAAAAAUCAGGUGUCUGAGGUCGUGCCGUGUCGGGGUGUGUGUGCAGUGCAUCAGUGGGUAGCAGAGUCCUGGUCCUUCUGCUCCAUCAACACGGUGGAUGAAGGGAGCGCAUGUGGAGAGGGAGUGCAGAGCCGCAAGAUCCGGUGUGUACUGCGCGGUGAUGGCGUUAAUGAGAGUCGCAGUGUUAAUGACUCUCUGUGUGAUCAGGACGAUGCUCCUGCUCAGGCUCGCACCUGCACUCUGCCGUGUCCUGAGGACUGUGUAAUGUCACCCUGGAGUCACUGGAGUUCGUGUCCCAUGUCGUGUGAUGUGAACUCUGUGAGGACGAGGACAAGACAGAUGCUCCGCCCCCCCACUGCCCACGCCACCUGUCCCGAGAGAAAUGAGACGGAGCCGUGCGCCGUUAACGCCAACUGUUUCACCUACCAGUACAACGUCUCUGGUUGGAGUAGCUGCAUGCUGAGUGAGCACGCUGUGUGUGGUGAGGGGACCAGGACUCGGCUGCUUGACUGUAUGCGCAGUGACAGCAAACUGGUGGAUCUGAGUGUGUGUGAGGAGUUGGGACUUUCUCAGCCUUGGACGCUCAGUGAAACCUGCCGUGUGGAUUGUCCCAUCAACUGCAUGCUCUCUGAAUGGACGCCGUGGACCGAGUGCUCACACACCUGUGGAAACCAGGGUGUGAUGACCAGAUCUCGGCGUGUCCUCCAGGAAGCUCACGAGGAAGGACGUCCGUGUCCGUCCCAGCUCUCGCAGACUAAACCGUGUCCCAUCAGGCCUUGCUACAGCUGGCUGCUGGGGGACUGGUCAUCCUGCCACGUGGAGGGUGCUGAGUGCGGGGACGGCGUGAAACUCAGGAACUUAUCGUGCAUUGUACACUGGGGUCACUGGCCCGAAUCGGCCGGCCCGAGACCCGAUGUCCAUGAUCCAGCUGUCCUAGUGGAGGACGAGAAAUGUAGUGAACACUUCAGGACAGAGAACGAGCAGGAAUUGCAGCAGCCAUGCUUCGUUCCCUGCCCAGGCGACUGUCACCUGACAGACUGGUCGUCAUGGAGCUCAUGUCAGCUGACGUGCGUGGAGGGGCGGAGUUUUGAGGUUGAAGGUCAUCAGGCACGCUCACGAGCGGUCAUCAUCCAGACGCUGGAGAACCAGGAGAGCUGCCCAAACCAGGAAAUCGAGACACGGCCAUGUAAAGGAGGGAAGUGCCACAGCUACGAGUGGAAGACAAGCACGUGGAGCGACAACGUGAGGGCGGUGUGGUGUCAGCGCUCAGACGGAGUCAACGUCACAGGUGGAUGUUUUGCGGCGAACAAGCCGACGAGCGUGCGUCACUGCCAUCCUCCCUGCACUAAACCCUUCUCUCACUGCAAACAGAGCGGAGUGUGUGGCUGUGAGAAAGGCUACACAGAGGUGAUGAACACACACGGUUUCCUGGAUUACUGCACUAGGACCCCGGGGAGCGCCGGAGACACCAGGAAGGCCGACGUGAAGAGCAGCUCAGGGAGGGUGAAGCCGGGCCCGUCCCAAAUCCACGACUUCUUCGGCGAGUGGUCACUACAGGCCCUCAGCCCUGAUGGACGGAUAAAGAUGUGGGUGUACGGAGCAACAGCCGGAGGCUUCAUCCUCAUCCUCUUCAUCAUCACUGUGUCCUUUCUUUUCUGCAGUCGACCAGUUAAACAGAGUAACUCCCCUCCUCUGCAGAAAGCACUGUCUCUGGCCUACGAUGGAGACGUGGACAUGUGACAGACCCUUCAGAGAACCAGGACCUCACCCUGGACCACAGGGAGCAUGUCAGAUCAGGAGAUCUUCGCUAAUCCCUGAGACUGGAGGGGAAAAGUGUGUUUUCGUAACCUUUAGUUUUGACAUUCGACCAGGACGAGCCUUUUUAAUGGAGCAGGGAUCUCGGGUAUGCUCUCACUGCGUGUUUCUGCAUCACUGGGAAAAAAAGACGAGAAAAAAAUUGAAGAACUUCAGUCUGUGUUCGCACAAAAGAACAAAUCGUAACUGAUGAGGAAACAAAACACAACAAUCAACAAUCGACAAAAACACUACUAUGCACUAUAUUAGUGCUUUCUUUGAUUAUUAUUUUUUCAAACUGGUUUUUAGUGUGUUUUUUUUUCAUCGUGAUGCAGCUGGAGUUUUCAUCAUGUGAUGUAUAUGAAUGUGUACACGCAGGCCUGAUCUUCAUCUUCCACUAAAACCAAAAGAGAUUGUUGCAUCAGCCCAAGUCCUGACCUUUGACCCCUUAGCCCUGUAGCUUAUGUCCUCUAGCACCAGCAGUUGAUCCUCUUCGCUCAUUUGAAGCAUUAAAAUUGGUGCCACUAAAUAAUUUUACUGCAGUUUGUUGACUUGCAUGGAUCCCAUUUGCUCUGUACAGUUACAUGAAGGCUUCUUCGUUGGUUUUACUGUCACACUGGGGAUAAUUUUAACCCUAUUUUAGUGGGACGUGUUGUUUUCUCAUUUCCGUGAUAAACAGGAAGUGGAAUGAGAAUAGAAAGCCAUGUGUUCAGAAGCUGGUGAUUGUGAAGCAGGAGCUUUUAUCCACUUUCUGUUUUCACACUUGGUGUUUGUUUUCAGAUUGCAAGAAAAAAAAACAUAGAUGACAAAGUCUCUUGUGUAUAUUUCCAACAUGUUAAACUGAAAAUAUUUCAUCACCAGUAUUCCAACUAAUGAGAACAAAGUGUCUAUUUUUCGGUACACAAUGUGACGUCCCACUUUAACAGUCAAAUCAAACAAACAGCUCCAAUUUUCUUGAUUUUCUGCCUCUCAAGUUACAGCAAAGACAAACAACCUCCUUAUCACCAGAGUCACCAAUCUUUAUUUCAUCUGCAUUACUGAUCAUAAUAAAUUUAAUUGAGAGAGCAGGCUAGAUGCUAGCUACAACUGAAGAGCACCAUUAUGGUUGCAGAGUGAGCAUUAAAAAUGACGAUUUUUUGGAGAAACACAAUGCCAAGUGUGAAAGCAGACACAGUGCUGACAGACUGAGCAGCUUUUCCUCUUUGGUUUUUGGAUAGUGAAGUACAAAAUGGUGUCUGGUUAGGUGGCAAAUCAUCGGACAGAUUUCCCAUGAUAUGUGUGUGCGUUUAUAAAACCCAUAACAUCACACCAAUCUGAAGAUGAUGUCCAAGCACACACUAGGGUAGGGUUCUGCAGAGAAUCUUUAAAGUUUCCCCAGAGGAACAAACCAUCGAACCAUUAACGAUGCUGGAUUCAGACAUUUUGAGGUGAAUAGUUGAGCUUUAGGGGACUCCAUCUCACCACCUUCUGGUAUCUAGCCAAAAAACACAAAUCUAGCCACUGUGUACGGUAUACGGUACGUCCUUGGUUGCUGUGAGUACAAGAGAAGAGAACUUAGAUGGACAGAAACCAUGGGCAAUUCCCUGAAACUAUAUCCUGGGCCAAGAAAAUGGACCAAGGUCCUUUAUUCUCACAAAAGUGAUGCAGAUGGUAGGAAGUGAAAGUUCACUGAUGUCCGUGUGUAAAAUUCUGCCUGUAGUUUUUCCCCAAAGCCGAAAGGAAAAGCUGCUUUCUUUUAACUUGUUACAUGUUGCUUUGGUUUUUAUACAUUAAUUUUAUUCAUUAUAAUUUUUUAUUAAUCUUUUAAUUAUUAAUUCUGUUUUGUUGUUUUUUUUUAUUUUAUUGGUUUAUUUAUAAUUUUAUUUAUUUUGUUUAUUAAUUGAUACAUUUAGAAAACUACAUUUUAUGCAUAUUUUUUGCAUUUUUUCAGUAAAUUGUGAACACAUUUCAGAAAAGUCAGAUAAAGAGAUUUGUAAGCAGCUGUUGUUUAUUGAUUAUUAUAAAUUAUAAAGGCAGCAAACAUGAUGAUGUCAUCAACAGGUACAGGAACACACACUCGCUACAGCUUCAUUUAUCCCUGAUGCUCCCUGAUUCCCUCUUAUCACAUUUUCUAUUUAUUCACACCACAUUUUUCACUUCAGACAGUUGAAACUUUCUUCUCUUGCUGUUUUCAUUCAGCUGUUUCUGAAGCAGCAAUUUAAAAAAAUGCUCAUAAACAGGUGGAUGAAGUGUCAUUAUUUACACAUCAGCUUUAUUUAAAAUUUAAAAAGAAAGAAAACUAUAUCAAGCUCAGCUUUGUCCUGCUUUAUUAUUAACAGCUCUGCCUCAGAGAGAAGAAUGUAUCAUAAUUACAGCUGUGUCCACAUUUUUCCAACCUCCGCACACUGCCUCAUAUUUAUCUUUUAUCUUUUAUUGAUGUAAAUAUUGAUUUCAUGUUUUGCAUUAACCUUGAGAUUUUAUAUUACAGUCCAGUCGACUAUUAAGGUUUCAUAUCAGCAGUUAUCACCGCACACGUCCCUCCCGAGUCGCCUCGAGUCGCCUCGCAAUCACAAUAAAACCAUUUGACUUUCCUCACAGAUAUUUUUACAUACAGCAGAGGUGCCAACAUUUACGGUUUAGCCGUAGCAUUUAUGAUUUAUGACCUGAUGCUACGCCGAUACGGGAGACAUCUGAAAAUGAAGAUGUACACUUUUCUUUUCUCUUUUAAUCUAUCACUGUUUUAUUUUAAAAUGUAAAGCUUUUAUUAGUUUUACUUUUGCUACAUGGUUUUACGUCUUUUGAUGUAUCCUUUAAAAGGUGCUUACAAAUAGAAUCCUAAUAUUUAUUUAUUUAUUUAUUUAUUUAUUUAAUUUUUACCAUUUUCUGCUUUUUUUUUUUUUAGCAAAAGCAGUGGUCAGAUCAAAACUAAAUAAUUCUCCCAAGUAGAAAAGCUAAUGAAUUAAACGAGGAUGGGACGUGAAACACACUUUUGUUUCUGGUAGCGGUUGCUUUUGCUUCAUGCCGACUUUAUCUAAAUGAACUUUGACCUAUAUGUUCAUAAGAGUCGUUCUUCGGAGCCAAUAGAAAAUAUUGUGUAUGUAGCGUAUAUACACCAAACUCUUCUGUUACAGGUUUUUUUUAAACUCUUGCUUGGCACAAAUCAAGAAAAAAAACAAACAAGCUGGCUAAUGCUACUGCUCCAUCCUCUCCUCUCCAAAACCAUCCUCGCCAGAUCCAAACAAUGAAAAGUUGCUACCAUAUGAUCUAAAACUCUGAUAUUUUUCCUUUCAUGUUAGUAAUAAAAGUCUGCUAGGAUUUUCUUCUCAGCAUUGUUGGCACCUCUGAUGUAGGUAACUAAACAUACGACACACGUCUUUCCACAUAGAAAGAAAGAUUACGCAGGUGAAGACGCUAUUUCUCUAGCUAGGCAGUAGCAGUGAAACCAUGGCAACAAGCGGUCAGCUCAAAUCAGAAGCUCGCGUCGGCCACCAGAUCGAAGCGAAUUAAGACGAAACACAAUAGUUUUAUGUGGACGCAAGACAGAACAAUUAACACGAAACUUCUCAAAAUAUUUUGACUAUUAAGAAAUUAGUCUAAUAUUUCUUAAAAAUAAAUUACAGCAAAACGUUGUAGCGACUCUUACCACCCUGAAGCUGAUUAUUUUCCUGAAACAUCCUGAAGUGUUUUAUUCCUCUUAUACCACAGCAAUUUGUUAACAACAAUUUAUUAAAGAAUGACAUAUCAUACUUUUUAUCCAUUUAUAGUUACAUUUAAUGUUAGUUAGUUCCUGUUCUCACUUUUUUCUCUCUCUUGAAGUUAAUAAUACAAAAAAUGAACGCAACAGUAACGUUGUGUUACUGAUAAAACUGCAAAUACUUAAAUACCUAAAAUGUUAGUUUAUGUGGAGCGUCCGCUGUACGAGUCUCUGUGAAUGAGCUGUUACUAUAGAAACGAUAACAUAUUAGAUCGAGCGCAGUAAUAUAAACCUGCACUACUGUCAGAGCUGCUGUUAUAGAGAAUUAAUCAACACCUUCUGACCAGUUCUUGAUUCACUGGAGGUCAUACGCUAGUGGGAAAUCCUCGUCUCUUACAUGUGAUGACAUGCUAGCUUAUAUGAAUUGCUAAUUUUUACUGUCACCUUAGCACAUAUUUUAUUACAUUUAUCAUUACAACAUCCUUCAUUAUUCAUUUUCUAAACAUGCAGUAUUUUAUAUUAUUAACUCCUUUUUUGCAAAAAUGUAUCAUGCCUAUUGCUGCUUGUCCUGCUACAAUAGGUCAUGUGAUCAGACAACUCUUAUUGGGCCUAUAAAAUCUGAUUAAAAAUUGGUAGAUAUCUACAGUUAUAUGGCAUUACAUAUUAAAAAAAAAAUACAAAGUUUUGUUCAAUGGAUAUUUAGUUUUUUUUUUAUACUUUCCUGGAAAUUAUAUACAAUUUAAUUUAAAAUGUAUUUGAUUUCAUGCAUUAAUUCAUAAAUACUGAAUUUCAUGCACCUUUUUUUUUCAUUUUUUAUUACCACAGAGUGUCGGUCUCUCUCUCUCUCUCUCUCUCUCUCCUAGUUUAAAAAGAUGAUGUCGUGAACAUGUACAUGAACACACAUCACAUACAUUAAUAGUUUAAGCAUAUGUCUAACGUGAACCUGUGCCUGGUGAGCACCAUCGCUGGCAGAUCUCAGCUCGGCCGUGUGUGUGUGUGUGUCGUCACUGCUCACAUCAGCGUGUUGAUGUAACUGGCGCUAAAUUCACAUUUUUCCAAAGUGAGAGCUCUGAAAAGUAUCAGGUAUCAUUUUUAUAUUGAUUUUGAGAACACCACACAUCAUAACAAAAGAAAUACCAAUCAAAAGUAAAAGUAUUAUAGUCAUUAGUAGCAAAAAUACUAGAAUUAAAGUCGGCAUCUGAAACGCCAGCGUGGCCUCAUGCAUGUAAAUUCAUUACACUUCGCCUGACUCAAGUCGUGUAUAAAGGCACGGUUAAUGUCAGCUGUGGAGCUAGCGUUUAUCCCUUCUCCUACAACUUAAUUUGUAUGAAAUCAAACAAAAUCCAUCCUUCCAACCUCCUUCCCACGCGUUCGAAUUUUGUGUGGCUAUAAUUUUUUUAUAUAUAUGUACGACUACUCCACAGGAGAAAACAAGCUGUCUUAAAAGUUUUGAAUGUCCUACAUACUUAGAUAGCUAACUAGCUAAACCUCUGUUAAGUUUGUUUCAAACUGGUGGAGGGGCGUGGCCUAUGUAUUGGCUGGUGAGAGUAUAAGCCACACCCCCUUGACUUCCUGUUUUAAAUAUGUCAACAUUAGUGAACUAGUCCAUCACUGAAAGUACCUCAAAAACUGUACAGCCUUUAAUCAAUGUAACGAGUUUUACUUGUGGAUUUGAGCCCAGCUGAUUUAAUUCUGGCGAUAUAUAUAUAUAUUUUGGCACCCUGUUGUAAGUAUGCAUGCUUGAUUACGUUUUGGUCUGAUGUCAUGAAUUAUUCCAAAAGUGGCCUUGCACUUCUCAUUGCUUUGGUCUUUUAUUUUCAUCAGCGUUUUUAUGGGAAGUGUCUCACAGUGCGUCUUUCUGCAGAGUCCGCACUGUCCUAUCGACUGUCCUGAUGAAUGAUGUUGUUUACAUGGCCUUUCACAUGUAGUGUUAAAUAUGCUCUACGCAGAACAAACAGACUGCCUGAUAUCUUUCAGUUUACAUUGUACUUUCUGUUCCAACUGUGUGUACUUGAAGAGUUGAAUGAAAAUGAUAAUAAAUUGUGAU